AUGCCACCAAACACCUCCAACAGACCAUCUCACGAUGACAGUAGUCUAUCCGCUGAGGAAUCCUUGAACCGCUUGAUCGAAUCCACUCCUUAUUUCGACAUUGAAGUAUCUAACGGCGCCUUAUUUGAUGGUGCCUACAAGGUUGUAUCGUGUGUCUUUCCAAACUGGCAAUAUGAAGACAUUGAAUUUGUCCAAUGUAAAGAUGGCAUCACGAAUCAACUGGUCCGAGUUAACUACAAACCAACUGAUUUCUCAGUCCUUGUCCGUGCUUACGGCAAGGGAUCCGAACUCAUCAUCGAUCGCAAACAAGAAGUUGUCAAUAUCAUUACCUUAUCUGCUCAAAAUAUGUGCCCACCGCUCUAUGCCAGAUUCAGAAAUGGCUUAGUGUAUGGAUUUAUCAAAGGCAAAGUAUCUACAGUCGAGGAAUUGGGUCAAGAAAAGACAGCCGAAUGGAUUGCAAAGAAGCUCGGCAAAUGGCAUCAAGUUCAGUUGCCUGAACAGAACAUUAUCAAAUCCAACACAAAAGAACAAAGACUGUGGUCGACAAUGUUCAAGUGGUUAGAUCAAGUACCUGAAAAGUAUGAGAACCCCAACACGCAAUCUAUUUUUGAAAGUCGAUUCGAUAUGAAAAAGAUUAGAACAGAGUUGGAGCAUUUGAUUCAAGAAUUAGAGAAACUCGAGUCCCCUAUUGUCUUUUCUCACAACGAUUUAUUAUAUGGAAACAUCAUUUAUGACCAUGAAAAAGGGGAAGCAAGUUUUAUUGAUUAUGAGUAUGGAUGUUACGCUUUUAGAGGAUUCGAUAUUGGAAACCAUUUCAACGAAUUCGCCGGAUUUGAAUGUGAAUACUGGAGAUAUCCCACCAAAGAAUUUCAAAUGAAAUGGUAUGAUUGGUAUCUCACGGAGAACAACAAUGGAGUCAAGCCAACAGAAGCAGAAAAGGAGCAGCUUUUCAAGGAAGUCGACGGUUUCUCUCUCGCAUCACAUUAUUAUUGGGGUCUAUGGGCCAUGAUUCAAGCCAUGGUCUCUGAUAUUGACUUCAACUAUAUGGAAUACGCUGUGCUUCGUUUCGAUGAAUAUGAGAAGCGUAAAAGGGAGGUGUUGCCAUCUUUGUAA